AUGGUCCUGGCCCUACGACCGAGGCCUGGUGCGGUUGUCACGUCGGGAUACAUCGGACUCAGCACGCUGAUGCUCAUUCUCCCGUCAUCUCUGAGUCUGGCACGUCGGUAUCUUGGUCGCUACUUCUUCGUCACUCACCUAGUCCUAGCCGUCUCGGCAUUGACCGGUCUGGUAUGGCAUGCUUACCUUCUGCCCACGCCCGUGAGCCGUGCGCUCAUUACGGUGGCAUCUUCUUGUUGGACUGUUGCGGCUUGCGUCCGUGCCGUCCGGUGGUAUCGGCGGUUUACCGUCCGCGUGCUCCGACUAGAACUCGAUGAUAACGUCGCCCUCGUGACCGUGAACGCCGAAAGGCCUAUCCAGGCCUCGGCCGACAAUUAUUUCAAUAUCUACUUUCCGGCCUCUUUCCCACGCUCUCUCGUGCCGGGCGUCCACGGCCACGCGAUGAAGCCCUUGUGGUUCAAGCUAGGCGAUCUGGCCUCGCUGGAUGGGGUCCGCACCAUGUCGUUCCUCAUGGCGCGCGACGGCACACUCGCAAGCCGGCUCGAGAGACUAGUAGAAGGCGCUGUGCUGAAGCUUGAUGGUCCUUACGGAUAG